AGAUCAUGGGAUGCUAGCUCUUUAUCUAAUCUGACAGUUAUCUAAUCUUUUUAAUUACUGGACUGUGCGCUUGAGCAAGAAUCAGUGCUAAAUUUAGUUCUAUGUUUUGACUCUCUGUUAAUCCACAUCGAUAAAGAAACUAUUUUUCUUUGCUUUCAAACGUCUAACUUUGGCACAGUUUUCAUCGGCGAACUUAAUGCUACGCAACACCUCAUUGCCAGGCAUUGUUUGUCACUUCAAGGUAAACGAUAAACAGUGAGAAGAAUGAGGACUAUUUUUGCACUUGGUGUCAUAGUCGGCAUUUUCAUUGCAUCUGCGUCAGCAGGAGUGUUUGAUCCUCCUCCCGCGAAAUACCGCGUGGCUCGGGAAGUCCAGGACCCACUAAGUGGGGAAGUCGUAUCUAAUCCCGAAGAUUCUGCUCCCGAAGACAUGGCUCCCGAAGACACCCAAGGAUUCAUGGAGUUAACGACUAUUCCUGAUACGCCAGCUGAGUCUUCUUCUUUGCCCAAUGAAAGAACAACAGUGAAUCCACCAGCAGCAUACUACAUCCGGAAGUACAGACCAGGAGGUCUCGUCCUCCCAAGUCCUGUGCCCAUCUAAUGGUCGCCUUUCCCUCAACGACGCUUUCGGACAAUUUCACCAGUGCCCAAAGGACUCUGAAAACGUACAAGCUGUAUGAGGAGGUUAUUCUUUAUCACCUAAGCAAGAUCCAAGCCUUCGAUGCCACUUUUGAACUGAUAAAGGCCAAAAUGACUCUGAAGAAAUGUACUGGGAAGUCAAAAUGGACCAGUUAAGCUGACACUUUCAGAUAGGCUGACCAACACUUUAAGAACUAUGAAAAAAUACAGGGUAUACAGGGAGGUCAUCCCUAGCCACUUAGAUUUAAUCCUUCGGCUAUACUUUCAGACAACAUGAUGAACACUCAAAGAAUCUGGAAAGAUGCAAACUUGCGUUGGAUUACUGCUUCUUACCACCUACCAAAGGUCCUAUGCCCUUAAAUCAAUUGCAGCUUAGUCUUAGUGGCAACCAGUUUUGUAAGAAGAUCUGCACAGAGGAACCUUUAGUUGGAAGAGGUUGAACUUCUUAAUUAUGUAAAAUUGAACCUAACUUUUUUUUCUAUUUCCUACCUUUUGUUAAGCAUCUUCUCUAAAGGUUUUUUGUGUAUAUAUUAUUAAUAUGAAUAAUGUUUUGUGUACGAUAUGUCUUUCUUGAACAAUAAUUUCAUUAAUAUUUUAUUAAAACUAGCGUUUAACGUGUGAACUUUAACCUAAAGCACAUAAAAGUAGCAGUAAAAUCUUUAGGAGAAAAAUAAUAAAUAAUUGAUUAAAAGCAA